GUUGAAGAUAGGUCGAGACGGCUUCUCACUUCUCAGUCCCUGCAACGCUACUAAAAACAAAAUAUAAAACCAAAAGCUUAAUCUCCCAUAACAACGGUGGUGGCCGUGGAGGACCUGGUGGUGCUUGUUCUUGAUUACUUGCUAUGGCAGAGACGAAGGUGAUCGGGGUAAUCGGUAGCGGACAGAUGGGGUCAGGGAUCGCCCAGUUGGCUGCGGUCCGCGGCAUCGAUGUUUGGCUUCACGACUCCGACCCCGUUGCUCUCAGCCGAGCUACCAAAACCAUCACUGCUUCAAUUCAACGUCUCGUUUCUAAAGGUCACCUCUCCAGGGAAGUGGGCAAUGAUGCUCUGAGGCGUCUGAGAUAUGCUUCAAAUUUGGAAGAGUUUCAUUCUGCAGAUGUUAUCAUUGAAGCAAUUGUAGAAUCCGAGGACAUAAAGAAGAAAUUAUUUUCUGAUCUAGAUAAGAUUGCAAAAGUUUCUGCCGUUUUGGCUUCUAAUACAAGUUCCAUCUCCAUCACUCGUCUGGCUUCAGUGACUAACCGCCCGAACCAGGUGAUUGGGAUGCAUUUUAUGAAUCCGCCACCUAUUAUGAAAUUAGUUGAGAUUGUAAGAGGUGCAGACACCUCAGACGAGACAUUUGUGACAAUAAAAUCCUUGGCGGAGAGGCUUGGCAAGACAGUAAUAUGCUCUCAAGAUUACCCUGGAUUCAUUGUAAACCGGAUCCUUAUGCCCAUGAUAAAUGAAGCAUUUUUUGCUCUCUAUACUGGGGUGGCAACGAAGGAGGACAUUGAUACAGGGAUGAAGCUGGGCACAAACCAUCCCAUGGGUCCUCUAGAGCUUGCAGAUUUUAUUGGAUUGGAUGUCUGCCUGUCGAUACUGAAGGUUCUUCAUGCUGGCCUGGGGGACACCAAGUACAUUCCCUGUCCACUUCUUGUGCAAUACGUUGAUGCUGGUCGCUUGGGAAAGAAACGGGGAAUUGGUGUAUAUAACUACCAAAAGGUUGCAGAAGCAGUUAAGCCAUCACCUCGACUCUGAAAUCUGAACACUUGAGCCAUGUAAUUUGUAAUUUGAAGCCACAUGAGACGUGCAACGAAUGCCUUUCUACACACUUAGCUUCUCAUUCAGGCAAAAUACCUUUGCUUUAGCCACUAAUCUCAUGGUUUGUUAAUAUA